GACUGAUGGUUAAAAUUUCAUUUUUUUAAAUAGUAGAAGGCUACGUGAUGUUGUCGCAGGUUUUGGAGACCCGUUUAUUUGGGCCCGUUUAAAUCUGGUUAUUCAGCCCAUUAAACAUUAUGCCUUCCCGGUUUGGGUCAGUCAGCGUAUUGUGUGGAUAUGUUUUCUUAACUUUUUUUACAAACACCACGUAGGCACGUAGUAGACAGUUAAUCACCAACGACUGGUAUUUUGAACGACACGUUUCACCACCUGUCAAUCGAAGAAUUACUGUUACCCCCCAUCCCAAAGUGCCUUCUUUUAUAUAUCUUUAGCAACAUUUACGGUUUUACUAACGAAGAAAAUACAAUGGCGCCGAGAAAACCAAAGGUGGUUUCAGUGACGAAGAAGAAGACAGUAGUGGAGGAGACAGUCAAAGUUACUGUCGCGGAAGGCGGAGAUCCGAAUGUGACCACAGAGAUCACAGAGAACGAUCAAGAGACGCAAGAUCUCACUUUCUCCAUUCCCGUCGGAGAAAACGUUACUACCGUUGAAGUUCCCGUGGAGGUUCUAGAUGAACGGUCACCUCAGCCGCCGGAAACUCCAGCAUCCACGAGUGAAGGCACCCUGAAGAAGAAGACUAACGAGGUUGAGAAGAAGCAAGAGAAGAAGAAGAAGAAAAAUAAGAAGAGAGAUGAUUUGGCAGGAGAUGAGUAUAGGAGAUAUGUGUAUAAGGUGUUGAAGCAGGUGCAUCCAGAUUUAGGGAUAACGUCGAAGGCCAUGACGGUGGUGAACAUGUUCAUGGGAGAUAUGUUCGAGAGGAUAGCGCAGGAGGCCGCUAGGUUAAGCGAUUAUACUAAGCGGAGGACCUUGUCCUCAAGGGAGAUAGAAUCAGCGGUGAGGCUGGUUCUACCUGGUGAGCUUAGCCGUCAUGCCGUCGCUGAAGGCUCUAAAGCUAUUAGUAACUACGUUUCGUAUGAUAGUAGGAAACUUUAGUUUUUUUUUUUCUUGAAAUGUUUUUUUCCAACUUGACUGUUAAUUAGUGUUAGCGGAAAGUUUAACUUGUAGAGUGUGGUUUCUAUAAUAAUGUGAUUAUUUAGUUUCGUGUUCUCUCACUUUCUGUAAAAUAUCUGUAGUCGUCAAAAACGGAGGUCUACGUAUUUAUUAAUUUGAAUCAUGGUUUAUUUU